AUGAUGGAUGGGGAGAGGCUGAAGGACCUGAUCACACUGGAAAGGAAAAGACAAGACUUAGUGAGAUUGCUACCAUGUUUUAACCAGGAAAUUAUUGGGUUUGAGAGAGAUCAAAAGGCAAGGCUAGGACUUCAAAGGAAAAAAGUGGGAGGGAAGAUAAGAAGUGGAGACUUGCAGGCUGCAAGGACAUUACCCCUCCCUCAAAGAUGCAGUGCCAAAAGUGGUUACCAGCUGAGACAGCUUUGCCUUCCACCUCCCACCAUCUUGGUGAAGAGUUUUCCCGUGAAAGACUGUGUGGAUCCCUGUGGUGCUGUCUGUAACAUCCAGUGCCCGCCUCCACGUGUGGAUCCCUGCUGCUACACUGGGAUUCGUCGGGGCACCACCACUUACGUGAACCUGGGUAAUCUUGGUGUGACACAGGCUGCCAGGUGCUUCGAUCCCUGCUGCCUUGGAGCCUACACAUGUGUCCCUCCAGUGCUAUGCGAAGAUCCGUGCUGUGAGGAAGUGACCAAGUGCAGCACUAAGGGCGUGGAUCCGUGCUGCCAAGAAGCGACCAAAUGCAGCACCAAGUGUGUGGAUCCCUGUUGCCAAGAAGUGACCAAAUGCACCACCAAGUGUGUAGAUCCGUGUUGCCAAGAAGUGACCAAGUGCAGCACCAAGUGCGUGGAUCCUUGUUGCCAAGAAGUGACCAAAUGCACCACCAAGCGUGUGGAUCCCUGCUGCCAAGAAGUGACCAAGUGCACCACCACAUGCGUGGAUCCCUGCUGCCAAGAAGUGACCAAGUGCACCACCACAUGUGUGGAUCCCUGCUGCAAGGAAGUGACCAAGUGCACCAGAUGUGUAGAACCGUGCUGUAGCAAGGUGUCCAAGUGCACCACCACGUGUGUAGAACCCUGCUGUAAGGAAGUGACCAAGUGCACCACCACAUGUGUGGAUCCGUGCUGUGGACCUGUGACUAGAUGUGCUACCACAUGCGUGGAACCAUGCUGCAGCAAAGUGACCAAAUGCACCACAACAUGCGUUGAUCCGUGUUGUGAGGAAGUGACCAGAUGCACCACGAAGUGCAUAGAUCCAUGCUGUGGGGGUGUCACCAGAUGCACCACUAAAUGUGUGGAUCCGUGCUGUGACAGAGUGACCAAGUGCACCACAAAAUGUGUGGAUCCCUGCUGUGAGGAAGUGACCAAAUGUACCACGAGAUGCACAGAUCCAUGCUGUGGAGAUGUCACCAGAUGCAUCACUAAGUGUGUGGAUCCGUGCUGUGGCAGAGUGACCAAGUGCACCACGAGGUGUGUAGAUCCAUGCUGUAGUGAGGUGACAAAGUACAUCACCACAUGUGUUGAUCCCUGCUGUGGGGAAGUGACCAGAUGCACCACGAGGUGCAUAGAUCCGUGUUGUGCAGGUGUCACCAGAUGCACCACUAAAUGUGUGGAUCCGUGCUGUGGCAGAAUGACCAAGUGCACCACGAGGUGUGUAGAUCCAUGCUGUAGAGAGGUGACCAAGUGCUCCUCCAGGUGUGUGUUCUGUGGAGGAGUGAUAAAGUGUGCUACCAGGUGUGUAGAUCCGUGCUGCGGACAUGUGACCAGAUGCACCACCAAGUGCGUGGAGCCAUGCUGUGAGCAAGUGACCAAGUGCACCACCUCGUGUGUGGAUCCUUGCUGCCAAGAACUGACCAAGUGCACCACCAAGUGUGUGGAUCCGUGCUGCCAAGAAGUGACCAAGUGCAGCACCAAGUGUGUGGAUCCAUGCUGCCAAGAAGUGACCAAAUGCACCACCACGUGUGUGGAUCCCUGUUGCCAAGAAGUGACCAAGUGCACCGCCUCGUGUGUGGAUCCCUGUUGCCAAGAAGUGACCAAGUGCACCACCACGUGCGUGGAUCCCUGUUGCCAACAAGUGACCAAGUGCACCGCCUCGUGUGUGGAUCCCUGUUGCCAAGAAGUGACCAAGUGCACCACCACGUGCGUGGAUCCCUGUUGCCAAGAAGUGACCAAGUGCACCACCACGUGCGUGGAUCCCUGUUGCCAAGAAGUGACCAAGUGCACCACCACGUGCGUGGAUCCCUGCUGCCAACAAGUGACCAAAUGCACCACCUCGUGUGUGGAUCCCUGUUGCCAAGAAGUGACCAAGUGCACCACCAGAUGUGUGGAUCCCUGCUGCCAAGAAGUGACCAAAUGCACCACCACGUGCGUGGAUCCCUGCUGUAAGGAAGUGACCAAAUGCACCACCACAUGUGUGGAUCCUUGCUGCCAAGAAGUGACCAAAUGCACCACCAGAUGUGUGGAUCCUUGCUGCCAAGAAGUGACCAAAUGCACCACCAGAUGUGUGGAUCCUUGCUGCCAAGAAGUGACCAAAUGCACCACCAGAUGUGUGGAUCCCUGCUGCCAAGAAGUGACCAAGUGCACCACCACGUGCACGGAUCCUUGCUGUGGGGGUGUUCAGGUUGUUACGAGGUGCGUGGAUUCCUGUCCCACCACCUGCAUUACACAAGCCACCCCGCUGUGCACAGGCGUGUGCCCAUGUGGCCAGCGCUACUCCAUCAGAUGUGCAGAUGUCUGCUACCGCAAAUGCAAGGCUCCUUGAGGGGGUGCACGUGGCAGGUCCUGUGGUGGGACCCCACUCUGCAUUGCCAUUGCCCUGUGGACUCUUCUAAGGCUAAGGAAUGAAAAUGGUUUGCAGAUCCCUGAACUUGCCAACGUCUUCCUCACAUCUUUGCUUUCCUAGUGCCCUUCCUGUCCUAGGAAGACUAAAUCGUCAAAUGGUUUCCCAUAUGUUCUGCAUAAUUUCUGCUAUAUUUAUCUCGAGAACAAUGCCUUUUCUUGUAACAUGUAACUAAUUGAUUUUGUGCCCCCAGGAAUAUUGCCUGGGAGAGAGAUUCUGUAAUUCUUCUUUGCACUGAUGUAGAUGGAGGAAUUUCCCUGUUUGUUCUUUCUUGCCAUCUUCUCCAUUUCUUGUAUGAAGCAAUAAAAAAAAAAAAAAA